GGAGCAACGACUUAUCUCCACCUUUUCUGCGUCCUUGAUUUCCUAAUCCAGAGAGCCAAGACAGGCUCAUAGCCCGCCAUGUGGACCUCUGGUAUAGCUUCGGAGUCUGUAAGGCGUCCUCUCAUAUAGACGUAUCGUAACAUCGUGGACUCGCACGAGUCUCACAGCCUACUAUGGGUACAUACAUCGUGAGUAACAAAUUUCACCCGCUCUUUUAGAUCACGAAUAGGGUCGCGAAUAGGGUCAAGAACGGGCACCAUGAAUAGCCUAACAGGGGGUGCCGUGAAGCAACCUCCCGAAUAGAACGAGUCCUACUUACAUAACCACCCUACCAGGUUAGGGAUAUCCUACUGGGUACCUACCCAUCUACUUACAUUCAUGGAUCAUAACUAAUAAUACUACAUAGUAUCGUUUCGGGUUGGCUAAUUUAGAUAGUCUCUGCCCUACAGUCUGCAGUUAUCCACUAUUCAUCGUUCUACGCAUCUUAUUAAUAAGCCAUAUAUCCCUAUCCCACCAGGCAUUCGUCAUAGUCAUCGGCAUCUAUAACCGCGUCUUAUGAGCAUAUCUCGCUUUGUUUCUAUUCACCCCUCUAUCGCCAUACUCGCUUCAUGUGCUAUAACUAGGACCAACUGCCCGGGACUUUUGUCAUCGAUAUUAGUUAAUUCAGACUCAUCGACACAUUUCUUAUGAGCUUAGGGGAAGCCAUGCACGACGACUUCGCUUUCACAGUUAGCAAAUAUAUGCUUGAUUCUAAUGCCAAAAUGACACAUCCUCGCGAUUCUGUCUCAAGGUCAAACCCGCAGACGUUCUCUCCAGAAACUUCUCCUCCCCUCGGCGGACCUAAUCCCCGCGAAACAAGGAGCGCCCCAAAACGCCAUGCUGAAGGUAUCAAGCCUGCGGUGAUGGGUAUGCAAACCGUUUUCUCCUCUCAGACCGGAGAAGCGCAUCCCUCACAGCAGCAUCCAGCCCACGUGUGGGAAUCCCACAAAGAAGAGAUACGGAGAUUAUAUUUGGAUGAGAACAGACCUCUAAAGGAUGUCAUGGCGAGAAUGCGCCAAAAGGGUUUCAGGGCAACUGUUCGAAUGUAUAAAUCUCGCUUCGACAAAUGGGGUUUCACGAAGAACAAUAGUAAAAAAGAUGUGAUGGCCAUGCUACAGGUUCAACGCCAACGAGACGCCAUGGGCAAACGCACGGCCUUCCACCGCAAUGGUAAAGAAGUUGCCAUCGAUGUAUACCUCAAAAGAAAAGGAAUCUCCCAGGCGGAGCUCGUAGAAGCUGGCAUGGCCGAGACGCUCCCCCAAAACUUACGAUGUCUCACGCCGCCCCCCGAACCCCCCAAGAAUCUACAAGCCCCGGGACAUCUAUCGAUACAGGAGCUGGUCUUACAUUGCAUUCGAGACGUAGCUUGGAACUGGUAUUGCCCGCCAGACACUCCCGUGACUGCCUGUGUGGCUCAUUAUCGCGGCGACGAAGUACGCUGUGCAAUCACAGACCUGACCAACGCCGACUGGUUAUUUUCGGUUGGCCAGUACGAAAAGGGGGGAAACAUGUGCGAGGAAGGGUUCAAAUCCCUGCACAUGCUGAUCAAGAAGCCCUCGAUAUACGGGCUCAUACACUUAUUCCAAAGCGUGCUAGACGCCUCGAACCGCGGCAUCGUCAAGGAGAUCUGGCGGUAUCUAGCAGCGUACGCGACUACAAUCAAGCACAAGGGGCCCAUGACGCGGCUGUUCCAGGGGAUAUGGGCGUACUUCAACGCGCACGACUACGACGAGUACUGGAGCUUCCUGUUCGACUGCACGGAGCGGCUCUUCGUGAUCGGCGAGCAGCAGCUCGGGCUGCCCCUGAACACCCUCGCGCGCAUAUCCCCGCUGCUCUUCAUCCCGCGCGCGUACCAGUACCGCACCGAGCCCGUGCGCCGCCUGCAGAGCCGCUUCAACUACGACAAGCUCGUGCAGGACGCGCUGCCGAUCGCCGUCGAGGAGCAGGUCGUCUUCAUCGCCAUCGAGCUGUCCGUCAUCGGCACGCAGACCGACUGGCGCAGCGAGCGCGUGCUGGAGCUCGCCAACGUGAUACUGGAUGUGUGUAGAGGCGUGACGUACAACGUCGAGCUGUUCUACUACAUCGCGCUCACGGCGCUCGCGCAGUACCACCGCGGCCAGUACAAGCUCGACGGCAACCGCGAGAGCCACGAGCUCUCGGUCCAGGCGCUCGAGCACUUCGUCGAUAUCAUCGCCGGACGCUGGGACCCCGAUGUGGGCUAUAUGGUGGGCGAGCUGGAGAGGCUCGAGCAUUGGUAUAGGGAGGCGGGCGAUGAUGCGCUCGCGGAUGCGAUGCAUGAGAGGUGGGUGGAGUCGCUGGAUCUGAUACCGAAGGACUUUGUCAGGGGGAAGAAGGGCAUCUUGCAUUAGGUAAAGCACCUAUGUACCUACCUAGUACAUGUCUAGGGAGGCAAGAUGCGGAAAACUGUGGCCGAAAAGAAAGGGCGAUAGAUCUAGACACCCAGGUACACAUCACUUACUUGCCUACAUAUAUGGGGCAGGUUUCCUUUUCUUCUUUUUGCUUUGGAUAGGUAGCGCUGGAGUUCAUAUGCUGUGGCUAUGGGCUACCUAGGUCAUUGGCGGUACUGGUUUGCUUCUUUGGGGAAGGGGGAAGGGGGGGUCGAAAUGAGGUCAGCGGGCUAGCCUGCGACAAUGGUUGAAUGUGUAUAUUUGGUAAUGUCUGUACCUAUCUACCUAUAUAUAUAAAUGCUAUAUAGUAUAUACCUA